UUUGUGGUGUGCUACGGCGAUGUUAUAUUUUAAGAUUUUUCACACAAUGCGAUUUAUUAUCCAGUUCAUUGUGUGGAAUGAUUGAUACUAAAAGUAAUUGAAUGGUGUAAUGACAUUCAUAAUGAAAGUGAGAAGGACUGACAGCAUGCAGUAAAUGUGGUCACAUGAUCUAGAAAGGACAGGGCCAGCAAUAGCAGUACCAUGUGCUUCGUUACCUGCCGUUGAAGCUUAUGAAAUGUCUGGCCUCAGAUGCUCAGCUGUAAAUUGCUGUGGAUGAAGGUUUCUUGAAUGCCAAAUGCUUACGCACUCUUAUCUUGUGUCUCUUUUCCAUGAACCCCCCCAACCCCAUAUUUGUCCUCGCCUUGAUGUUCGGGGCAAACCUGAUCCAGAAUACACAUGUUCUUUUUUGCCAAAGUUCUCCAUCCACAUUGAGACAAAAUACGAGAACAACCGUGGAACCAGUGACAAUAUUUUUGGCCUGGAAAAAGACAGCUGUGCAGUGGAGGUGGAUGCCUUGGAUAUAGCCUACGAUGACUUCCCUGAGAGGCACUACAACCUCUCGGAGGACUUGAGGUGCUUCUCUUCUGUGAAGACCGGCCGAGGGCCACUCCAGCAGGACUGGAGACAGACCUGCUCCCCUAUUAUGUGUUCCUACAAGCUGGUGAGAGUCCAGUUUGAAGUGUGGGGCCUGCAGACUCGGGUAGAACAGUUCAGCCACAAGGUAAUUAGGGACGUGUUGUUGGUUGGACACCGGCAGGCGUUUGCCUGGGUGGAUGAGUGGUACUCUAUGACCCUGGAAGAUGUGCGGAGGUUUGAGGAUGACAUGCAUGUAGCCACGAAUCAGAAGAUCGGAUGCAGAGAGACGUAAUCACUCGCCCACAUCGCAGUCCAACUAAUGGUGUAGGUGAGGAGAACCUGAGCCACGGACAGCAGACCUCUCUCUCUCUCUCGGCCGACGCUGAGGCUCGGUCCUCUAGAGGCCUGCCCUCACCCCCAGACAUUCCUGCUCGAGCUGGUGGUGGUGGUGGUGGCUUGGGGCAGACUACUGGUAGAGGCGAGCCUGGUGGGGCAUGUGGUGUGGUGGGGGGGUAACUGGACUGCAUCUUCCCUCAUCACCCCCCCCCCCCCCCCAUUCUCCUGCUGCUUCUAGUACAUUCCUCCAGACCAAAAGAGCCCUCCUGGACAGAACCAGGCUUUCUUACUGGCCCCAUCUGUUUUGUUCUCUCUGUCCUGUCUGCUAGGUUGUAUAAAUAAAU